UUCUGGUUCUGCAAAACCAGCCAUUGAUUAUGGGAGGUGUCACUAACCUCCUCCUCCAAUAUCAUUUCUGGUUCUUCUUCAUCACUUUCCUCUCUUGCUUCCCUGCAAUUUCAUUCUCUUCAUCAGAUACCUUGAGCUCAACCCAAUCUCUCAAAACCAACGAGACGCUUCUGUCAUCCAAACAGGCUUUCGUUCUGGGUUUCUUCUCUUCAGAUGAUUCAAAAUACUACCUGGGAAUAUGGUACAAGAACAUUCCAGAUCGUACACUGGUUUGGGUCGCAAAUAGAGACAACCCACUUGAGGAUUCUAAUGGGAUUCUCAAGAUCGGAGGAGAAACAGGAAACAAUAUGCAGAUUGUGGAUCGAACCGGGAAACCCAUAUGGUCAUCGAACCAAACCGCAGCGAAAAACCCGGUUCUUCAGAUUCUCGAUUCCGGGAAUCUGAUUAUCAGAGAAGCCAACGAUUCGAAUUCUCUCUGGCAGAGCUUCGAUUACCCCACAGACACGCUCUUACCAGGCAUGAAGCUUCUGUAUAACUUCGACACAAAAAUGGAGAAGCAUAUAACAUCAUGGACUUCAAGUGAAGAUCCAUCCACAGGUCUUAUCUCCUUCAAGCUCGAUUUCCAUGGCCUCCCAGAGAUUUUCCUGUGGAACAACCAGACAAAACUGUACAGAAGUGGACCUUGGAAUGGGGUAAGAUUCAGUGGGGUUCCAGAAAUGAAAUCUGACACAGACACAAUCAAGUUCGACUUCUACGAGGAUGAACACCAAUUAUACUACACAUUCACCAUCGGAAACGAAUCGUUAUUUUCAAGACUCAUCGUAACACCUGAUGGUCAGCUUCAACGAUUAACCUGGGUACCAGAUAACCAAGUUUGGACCAAAUUCUGGUAUGCUCCGAAAGACCAAUGCGAUGACUACAAAGAAUGUGGUCCCUAUGGGUUAUGUGACACGAAUGCUUCACCAGUUUGUACAUGUAUGAAAGGGUUCAGUCCUAAGAACAAACAAGCAUGGAAUCUGAGAGAUGGGUCUGAUGGGUGUGUGAGGAACACAGAAUUAGAUUGUGGGACUGAUAAGUUCUUGAAGGUACAGAACGUGAAGUUGCCUGAAACAACCUCGGUGUUCGUGAACAGAAGCAUGAACCUCGUAGAUUGUGGAGGUUUGUGUCAGAAGAAUUGUUCAUGCACUGCUUAUGCGAACAUAGAGAUCACCAAUGGAGGAACUGGGUGCGUUAUGUGGACUGAUGAACUCGUAGAUAUGAGAGUUUAUACUGAUGGCGGCCAAGAUCUGCAUGUCAGAUUAGCAGCUUCUGAUGUAGGUGGAUCUGAGAAGAACAAUGUGGAAGCUAAGGCUAUAGGCAUUACAGUUUCCAUAGCUGUUGUACUAUUGGGAUUACUCAUUUAUUUCAUCUGGAAGAGAAGGAAAUUGCAGAUGUUGAAAGGGAGGACUGAAUCUAGAGGUGGAUUUAGUCAAGAUUCUCUAAUGAAUGAGCCAGUGUUCACAAGCAAUAGAGGUAAAUCUGGUGAAAGUGAGAUGGAUGAACUAGAGUUGCCAUUGUUUGAUUUUAACACCAUAUCAACGGCUACAAACAACUUCUCCGAAGAAAACAAGCUUGGAGAAGGAGGCUUUGGCAGUGUUUACAAGGGUAGAUUAAUGGAAGGCCAAGAAAUUGCUGUGAAAAGGUUAUCAAGAAACUCUGGGCAAGGAACUGAACAAUUUAAGAAUGAGGUCAGGUUAUUAGUGAGACUUCAGCAUCGAAAUCUUGUUCGGUUGUUUGGUUGCUGUGUUGAGAUGGAUGAGAAGAUGCUAGUUUAUGAGUACAUGGAGAAUAGAAGCCUUGAUUCCAUUUUGUUUGACAAAGCAAGAAGAUCCAUACUAAAUUGGCAAAAGCGCUUCCACAUUAUAUGUGGCAUUGCAAGAGGACUUCUUUACUUGCAUCAAGAUUCUAGAUUUAGGAUCAUCCAUAGGGAUCUUAAAGCCAGCAACGUCUUACUUGAUGAAGAAAUGAAUCCAAAAAUAUCGGAUUUUGGAAUGGUUAGAAUUUUUGGAACAAAUCAAACAGAAGCAAAUACAAUAAGAGUUGUUGGAACAUAUGGUUACAUGUCUCCAGAAUACGCCAUGGAUGGACUCUUCUCAAUAAAGUCUGAUGUUUUCAGUUUUGGCGUUCUAGUACUUGAGAUCAUAACUGCCAGGAAGAACAGAGGGUUCUAUUACUCAAACGACGAAUUAAAUCUUCUUGGACAUGCAUGGAAUCAAUGGAAAGAAGGAAAAGCACUUGAAAUGAUCGAUCCAUCGAUCGCGGAUUUAUAUUCGCCAUCCGAAGUUCUUCGAUGCAUACAAGUCGGACUCCUAUGUGUCCAAGAGCGUGCAGAAGAUCGACCUACCAUGCCCACCGUGGUAUUGAUGUUGAGUAGUGAAACUGUAUUGAUGCCACAACCUAAAACCCCUGGCUUUUGCGUAGGAAGAAACCCUAAUGAAACAGAGUCUUCUUCAAGUAAACAAGACCAAUCAUACAGUGUGAAUGGUACAGUCACAAUGCUACAUGCUAGGUAGUGAAAACAGGUAUAGUUAUUCAUAAAACAAAUCUGUAUAUUUCAAAUGAUUUUGCUGAGAGUAUGUAAAUUUUUUUGCAUAUGAUAGUUGCGGCGUCUUUCAGAUCUUUGAUCUUGUUUUGGUGUAUAUAAGGGAGAGAUACCUUUACUGAAUAGUAAUACAUAUUUCUGCUGCCUUAUAACUGGCAUUUGAUUA